AUGACUGUAUCACUCAUGAAUACCGCUGACUCGUUGGUCGACUGCUGCAAACAGUGGCCCAAGUAUCCCCGCCACUUACUACAGCCGUGCCACAGACAGAGUGUACUUGAUGAUUACCGCUUGCGCCUUGAUAAACCAAAGACGAAGCUUUUUGAUGCCGACGAGGAAAAUAUACAUUUCCUCGAGCCUCAGGGUUCUUUGUGCGGGUACAAGGAAACGACAAUCGCUGGCACAGCUGAUCUCGAGAAGCAUCUUGGACAGAAUAGCGAAGAGCCUCAUUAUUGUAUGAUCCUUCUACCAAAUUCCUGCCAGCUUCCUGGACUUUCUGUUUACUUUCGGCCAGAGCACGGAACCCUUGGAUUAUUAUAUGACAGGCUUCAAUGGCUCCGACACCCUGGAUUCUCCAAAGAGCGACAUUGUCGAAAUUCCCAAGUUGGGGGGCGCUCUGGUCGGGAACACGUUGUGCAAUACCUCCUGCGCUCUGUUGAGAGUUCUGUAAAGAAAGAUAAGGUAACCUGGAAUAUUCGCCAAAUGGCUGUCCAUCACAAGUAUGACUUCAUUACGGGGAAAGCAUUGUGGCUCAACAUUAAAGCCAACUCUAUUAUGCAAGAUAGGCUCAAGGAAUCGAUCACUCAUGACUCAAAGUUCAACCCGACAUUAGCAAAGGGCCUGCCAUUGUCUUUAGCUGCUACGUUGAUGACACAUCUCGUGCAUAUCGACUGGUGUGAUGAGUCCUGGCGACAAUGCAUUAAUGAUUUAGAGGAGAAGAUACGCGUUGUUCUACAAAAAGCAAAGACAGCGUCUGUCGGUCAGCAGCCUGAUUUGCAUGCAGCCGCCGUGAGAGCCUUGACUAGCAGAACUGAUACUGCAGCAUUUGGCGCACCGGAGAAGCCUACUUCACCGAGCUCUGCAUGUUUCAAACCAUACGAAGCUAUUGGAAAGCCACUCACAUCGUAUCUGCACUCAGCCCUGGGCAAAUCAUCGCCAAAAGCGCAUGCAACCCCCUUGCUUCCUCUAGCGCCCAAAACUGCUGCGGCCGCAAUGACCGAGACCGACGACAAUCUAGCCAAGCGUCUCAAGAGCCUCAAGGUACUAGAGACAUUCUCUGUGGAGGAUUUGCAACAUCUCCAUUAUCUCGGUGAACAGCUAGAGAACUUUCGCUUAGUGAUGCUGUUAAACAGCCAGACGCUGCGAGACAUCUCUGAGCAUUACCAAGACCUGACGACCCGAGACAACUUCCCUCCAGAACAGAAAGCGGAAUGCGAGCGAAACGUGACUUCAUUUGCGCGCCGAGUGGAGCGCAUAAGAAAAAACCUAGAAAUUCGGGUUACACAGAUUGAAUCACUGCGGGCUUGGCUGCAGGAGGGAAAGACACUGCUUGAGGGAAUACUGCAGUAUCGCAGCGUGCAGGUCAGCCACAUUUUCACCGAGAGCUCCCAUAGCCAGUCAGCCAAGAUGGAGCGGAUCGCAUACAAGACAGAACAAGAAACCAUCUCGAUGCAUAUCAUAACGUGUGUCACACUUGCUUUUCUGCCUGGCACAUUUGUGGCUGCUUUCUUCCAGAGCGGACUGAUUGAUGUAAAUCAGGCUGCGACUGAUGUUCAGGAAGCGGUCAGCUUCCAUCCGGGAGCCUUCAAGCUUUUUGCUGCCAUAUGCUUUCCUUUGAUGUUCCUCACAUUCAUCCUUUGGGUAGUUUUGUUCAAAUUCCUAGCAAGUAGAGCGAGGAAGAGAGUGAUGGAGGAUAAUGUUCAAAUCGUCUGA